AAUGUAGUUUUUAACGAGAACAAACAAAGCAGCUAACUCAAAAUCAGCUGUGUGUAAUAUUUUAAAAGUACAUAUUACAGAUAAUUUCUUUUACUGGCGCUCUGCUUUGCACUCAUUGCCAAGCCAGUUUAUGAGGUGUUUUAGGCGGUCGAGAGUCUGCAAUAUAUCGCAAUAAAUGCUUUUAUCUAGAUAAAAGCAAGAGGUGCGCCAUAAAUAAAAACAAAACCAGCAACACGUCACCCAGGCAGACUAGACGUAAGCUCGCAAAGGCGCAGAACAUGCCGCGUCCAGUUGAAACCGUUGUACAGACCAAAAGUGGGCCCGUUGUGGGCAAACACUGUACGAGCAUCUACGGCGAUGAUUACGUCAGCUUCGAGCGCAUACCGUAUGCGCGUCCGCCGCUCGGGGUGCUCCGCUUCAAGGCGCCGAUGCCGGUGGUGGCGUGGAAGCAGCCGCUCAUCUGCAGGCAGAAGGGCGAGAAGCCGCUGCAGUUCAAUCAAUACACGCAGCAGCUGGAGGGCGUGGAGAACUGUCUGUACCUCAAUGUCUAUGUGAAGUCUAUGAAGACGGAGGCGCCGUUGCCGAUGAUUGUUUUCUUCUUUGGCGGUGGCUUCGAGAAGGGCGACCCCACCACGGACCUGCACAGUCCCGACUAUUUUAUGAUGAGAAAUGUGGUCGUGGUCACCGUCUCGUAUCGCGUGGGUCCACUUGGCUUUCUCAGCCUCAACGAUCCCGCUGCGGGUGCGCCUGGCAAUGCGGGCCUAAAGGAUCAGCUAAUGGCGCUCAGGUGGAUCACAGAGAAUGCACUCUGCUUCAAUGCGGACGCCAAGAAUGUAACGGCAUUUGGCGAGAGCGCUGGCGCCGCCUCUGUACACUAUCUGAUGUUGAAUCCGCAAGCCGAGGGCCUCUUCCACAAGGCCAUUAUGCAGUCGGGCAAUGUGCUGUGCUCCUGGGCGCAAUGCUCGGUGCCCAAUUUGGCGCGACGUCUCGCCGAGCAUUUGGGCAUGAAGAAGAUCGAGAACGCGUCAGACUUCAAGGUCUUGGAGUUCCUGCAGGGUCUGCCCGGCGAUGCUCUGGUGAAGCCGUAUCUCCUGAGCGAAGCAGAAAAUUUGGACGAUUGUGUGUUUCAGUUUGGGCCCGUCGUAGAGCCCUAUGCCACCGAACACUGCAUGAUAAGCAAGCCGCCCGUCGAGCUGCUCGCCGAUGCCUGGGGCAAUAAGAUACCAGUGCUGAUGAGCGGCACCUCCUUCGAGGGCUUGCUGAUGUACGGCCGUGUGCAUAUGUCGCCGUAUUUGCUCACCAGCCUCAAGAACCAGCCGGAGCAUCUGCUGCCGCUGGAGCUGAAGCGAUCGCUGCCACAAUCACUGGCCCGCACGCUGGGCAAGCGAAUACAGUUCACGCACUUCCGGGAUAAGCCGCUGGAGCUGCUACCAGACACCGUGGCGGCGUAUUGUGAGUACGCCAGCUACAAGGUCUUUUGGCAUCCCAUCAUGCGCACUAUAAGGUCGCGCAUAGAAAGAGCCACGGCGCCCACCUAUCUAUAUCGGUUCGACUUCGACUCCUCCACAUUCAAUCAUCAGCGUCUGAAGUAUUGCGGCGACAAGAUGCGUGGCGUGGCCCACGUGGAUGAUCACUCGUAUAUUUGGUACGGCGACUUCUCCUGGAAGCUGGACAAGCACACGGCCGAGUUCCAAACUAUCGAACGCAUGAUCGACAUCCUGACCACCUUCGCCAGCACCUCAGAUCCGAAUUGCAAGAGCGUUGAGGAAGCCAUAACCAAAGCCACCUGGGCGCCAUUGAGUCAAAAGAAUAUGAAAUGCUUGAAUAUUGGAGAGCAUUUGAGAAUCAUCGAGCUGCCGGAGAUAGCCAAGUUGAGAGUGUGGGAUAACGUCUAUAAGACCAAGGCCAAAUAACUCUCCACUGAUUUCCAAAUUGACAGUCAUUAAAUUACCUGUAUAUUGAACUUUUCACGAUA